GAUUGGCUUCUGGUUAUCAAGUAGCCUCCUGUGAAGCUAUUCUUACCCUUCCUAAAAAGGAUGCAAGUGCUUCCCUGGACCCUGGAAGUAGUGUAAGGAGAUACUGGUUAAAGGAAUACCAAAAUCAGGUUAAGAUUCAUCGGGACUCCGUCUCCGGGGCGGGCGAG